ACCCACACACUUUGCACAGAGUAAAUUGACACAGCAUUUGGAGACUCCAGUGCACGAGUCUGUGGAGGAGAGCGCGCACUGACCGGAUUACAGGAGACAGUUAGAAGGUAGCAGAGGACAACAAAGGAUUCAAAAACAAAAGGGAAAAAACAAUAAAGAUAUGCAAAAAUGUGUGAUUAAUGUUAAUGGAAUAAGAGAGUGGAAACAGAACAGGAUAGAACUAUUGCCGAAAGGCAAGGCGUACAACAGAGACUCCUGGGGUUACACUUCAUUCCAAAGAGUGCGGGGAAUAUUCCGAAUUGAGGUUAUAAUUCAGAAGUGGAUCUAAACAACAAGCAAGCUGCACAACAAAAUAACUUGUUGUUUUUAAGGUACAACUUCGCAGCACCAGAUGAGGAGGGCCUGAAAAUCUCCACACUUGGGUUCCACAACGGCCACAGCUCGCCAAAUAGCCGGUUCCUCUCCCCUAGUGGCACAUCCGGAGGAGAUAGGAUAUCAGGAGCCACAGGUCAUAGGAUGAACAAUUACAACGGAAAGAUCUCUACUACAGGAUCGAGCCAACUAAGAAGUCGCUUCGUCAAGAAAAAUGGGCAUUGCAACGUGGUAUUCUCUAACAUGGAGGAAAAAUCACAACGUUACCUGGCCGACAUCUUUACCACCUGCGUGGACAUUCGCUGGAGAUACUUACUACUCCUCUUCUGCUCGACCUUCCUGUCCUCCUGGAUGUUUUUUGGAAUAAUCUUCUAUUCAGUUUCCAGAGCCCAUGGGGAUUUUGAUGAGCACCCUGGAAUGAGUUCCUCUUCAGGGUUGGAAGGGAAUGGGCUUGGGGUUGGUGAAGUUGAAGGGGUGCAGAAAAAGUGGCAGCCAUGCCUCCUUCAUGUAGAGGGCUUCGUCGGAGCCUUCCUAUUCUCCGUUGAGACCCAGACCACCAUUGGUUAUGGGUGGCGCUGUGUCACUGAGGAGUGCCCUGUGGCAGUGAUCACAGUGGUGGUCCAGUCCAUAGUGGGAUGCAUCAUUGACUCCUUCAUGCUUGGUACAAUCAUGGUCAAAAUGGCACGCCCUAAGAAGAGGAACCAGACCCUGCUGUUCUCGAAAAACGCUGUGAUUUCCCUGCGCGAUGGCAAGCUGUGCCUCAUGUGGCGAGUGGGUAACCUGCGCAAGAGCCACAUCGUGGAGGCCCAUGUGCGGGCACAGCUCAUUCGACCCUACGUCACGGCAGAGGGAGAGUUUAUCCCUCUAGAGCAGAGAGAUCUCAACGUAGGCUACGACGAAGGCAUAGACAGACUCUUCCUGGUUUCUCCUCUGGUUAUCGUCCAUGAGAUCGACGAGGACAGCCCCCUGUAUACUGUGAGCCGGGCUGAUCUGGAAUCUGAUGACUUUGAGAUCGUAGUGAUCUUGGAAGGCAUGGUGGAGGCCACCGCCAUGACCACCCAGGCCCGCAGCUCCUAUCUGGCCAAGGAGAUUCUAUGGGGGCAUAGGUUUGAGCCUGUGAUCUUUGAGGACCGAACCAAGUAUCAGGUGGACUAUGCUCGCUUCCACAAGACCUACGACGUGUCCUCCACACCCAACUGCAGCGCCAAGGAGCUCAGUGAGACGGCCAGCCGGCCUGCCUCAUCCGCAUCCUCCCACUCAGUAUUCCCAACCAGCCCCAGAAUCACCCAGCACCUCAUAACCCCCCACUCCCCCAGCGCCUUCUGCUAUGAGAAUGAGGUAGCACUGAGCUGUGGAGAGGACGAGGAUGAACUGGAUAGGCAAAAGGAAAAAGACAGGGAGGAGGAAAGGAGGAAUUCAGUUUCUGUAGACUUUCAUAAUUUGUUUCAGGACCCAGCCACAAUGACAUCCGGCAGCAACGUGCUGUGCGUUUUGGACAUGGACAAUCAGAUGGAUUUUGACAUUCUACAGACUACCAUUACUCGUGAUCCACUGACAUAUAAAAGUGAGUCAGGAAUCUGAGGCAAAGGGAUGGCACCCUCAGACCCUUCCCAACCCCUCCAUUCAUAUAGUUGAAGUCGAAAGUUUACAUACACUUAGAGUCAUUAAAACUAGUUUUUCAACCACUCCACAAAUUUCUUGUUAACAAACUGUAGUUUUGGCAAGUCGGUUAGGACAUCUACUUUGUGCAUGACACAAGUAAUUUUUUCAACAAUUAUUUACAGACAGAUUAUUUCACUUAUAAUUCACUGUAUCACAAUUCCAGUGGGUCAGAAGUUUACAUACAUUAAGUUGACUGUGCCUUUAAACAGCUUGAAAAAUUCCAGAAAAUGAUAUCAUGGCUUUAGAAGCUUCUGAUAGGCUAAUUGACAUAAUUUGAGUCAAUUGGGGGUGUACCUGUGGAUGUAUUUCAAGGCAUACCUUCAAACUCAGUGCCUCUUUGCUUGACAUCAUGGGAAAAUCAAAAGAAAUCAGCCAAGACUUCAGAAAGAAAAAUGUAGACCUCCAAAAGUCUGGUUCAUCCUUGGGAGCAAUUUCCAAAUGCCUGAAGGUACCACGUUCAUCUGUACAAACAAUAGUACGCAAGUAUAAACACCCUGUGACCACGCAGCCGUCAUACCGCUCAGGAAGGAGACGAGUUCUGUCUCCUAGAAAUGAACGUACUUUGGUGCAAAAAGUGCAAAUCUGUCACGUUCCUGACAUAUUUUUAUGUUAUUUUGAUUAUGUUUAGUUGGUCAGGGCGUGAGUUGGGGUGGGCAUUGUAUGUUGUGUGUGUUUGGUUAGUCUAUGGGUGUUGUAUGUGUAUGGGAUAGUGUUUGUUAGGUCGUCUAGUUAUGUCUAUGGCUGCCUGGAUUGGGUCUCAAUGAGAGACAGCUGUCAUUCAUUUGUCUCUGAUUGGGAGCCAGAUUUAAGGUAGCCAUAGGCAGUAGGCUUUUGUGGGUGUUUGUUUCCUGUGUCAGUGGUUGGACCACACAGGACUGUUUUGAGGUAUGUCACGUUUGUUGUUUUGUAGUUUGUAGUGUUUUCCUGUUAUUUUCAUUAAAUCAUGAACACUUACCUCUCCGCAUCUUGGUCUGAUCCAUGCUCCUCCUCGUCUGAGGAGGAGAACGACAUUGACUGCAUUAACAAAAUCAAUCCCAUAACAACAGCAAAGAACCUUCUGAAGAUGCUGGAGGAAACAGGUACAAAUGUAUCUAUAUCCACAGUAAAAGAAAAUCUAUAUCGACAUAACCUGAAAGGCCGCUCAGCAAGGAAGAAGCCACUGUUCCAAAACCGCCAUAAAAAAGACAGACUACAGUUUGCAACUACACAUGGGGACAAAGAUCGUACUUUUUGGAGAAAUGUCCUCUGGUCUGAUGAAACAAAAAUAGAACUGUUUGGCCAUAAUGACCAUCGUUAUGUUUGGAGGAAAAAGGGGGAAGCUUGCAAGCUGAAGAACACCAUCCUAACCAUGAAGCACGGGGGUAGCAGCAUCAUGUUGUGGGGGUGCUUUGCUGCAGGAGGGACUGGUGCACUUCACAAAAUAGAUGGCUUCAUGAGGACGGAAAAUGAUGUGGAUAUAUUGAAGCAACAUCUCAAGAAUUCAGUCAGGAAGUUAAAGCUUGGUCGCAAAUGGGUCUUCCAAAUGAACAAUGACCCCAGGCAUACUUCCAAAGUUGUGGCAAAAUGGCUUAAGGACAACAAAGUCAAGGUAUUGGAGUGGUCUUCACAAAGCCCUGACCUCAAUCCUAUAGAAAAUUUGUGGGCAGAACUGAAAAAGCGUGUGCGAGCAAGGUCUACAAACCUGACUCUGUUACACCAGCUCUGUCAGGAGGAAUGGGCCAAAAUUCACCCAACUUAUUGUGGGAAGCUUUUGGAAGGCUACUCAAAACGUUUGACCCAAGUUAAACAAUUUAAAGGCAAUGCUACCAAAUACUAAUUGAGUGUAUGUAAAGUUCUGACCCACUGGGAAUGUGAUGAAAGAAAUAAAAGCUGAAAUGAAUCAUUCACUCAACUAUUUAUUCUGACAUUUCACAUUCUUAAAACAAAGUGGUGAUCCUAACUGACCUAAGACAAGGCAUUUUUAUUAGGAUUAAAUGUCAGGAAUUGUGAAAAUUUGAGUUUAAAUGUUAAAAUAAAGGUCAAUGUGUAUGUAAACUUCCAACUUCAACUGUAUAUACCUACCUGUAGGUCUUGAAGUGAGGUCUUCCUUUUGUAUUUUGCACGUUUUGCGCUGGAUUUAGUACUAGAUCUACACCCCUUUCGCCUUGCCAGCAUUAUUUUGUACCUUUACCUGAGCCCAUGUUUUUGUUUGUGGAGAGAACCAAAUGGGAGGCUGAGGUAGUGGUUCUACUCUGCACACCUCACCCAGACGUGUACCUCAGUUGGGCUGUGGGACAGUCACCUAGAGAGAUAAUUACAUAUGAGAUUGUAUGAACGCGUGACUUUUUUAAUGAGGUAAUAGGAAAGGAACACCAAGAGAUGGACAGUUCCAGUAGAGAGCUGAGGAUGAGACAAAUAAUGACUUGUUGAGACGUGUGUAAUGAAGGAUAAACAGACAUUUGACCAAAGGAGGACUUCUGGUUCAGAAACUGUCUCAGAAGGAAAUGUGCAGGGAAGACACCCAGAAUAUUUGAGUGACAUUCAAGUAGGUAGGUAUGAUGUUUAUCUACACAGUCGUAUUACGUAGUUUGUUUCAUUUGGACAUGAUACAUGAUAUUUUGAUGUGUCAUCAACCUCCAGUGUUCUGUAAAGGUAAAAUGACUGGUGAUAUGACAUGUAAUAUGAAUCAUACUUGGGUUCAAAUACUAUAUCAACUCUCAGUUCAGGUGUGCAAUAUAACAGACAGGAUAGUUUGCUGCUUUCUACUAUUUGCACUAUUGUUCCUCAGUCAAGUUUUCCUUUGAGCCCCUGAUUUACUACUGUACACACAUUGUUUUCAUAGUGUCUUUAGCAUAGAUCAAUAAAUCAUUUAUCGGUUGUUACUGUGCGUAAUAACAACAAUACAAUGACCAAUGCAAUCAUUAAAUAAUCAUAGCUAAGGGUUUUAUUGUCUGAAAUCCAGUUCGUCAUUUGCUGGAGAAAGAACUAGGUGUUUUAAUUCUACAGAAUUAGGUAGCUUUUUCUCACAUUUUUAUUAAAGCCCCGUUUUUGUGUUGCAAAAGGAGCAUGACUGUAAAAAAGUCCCUCUCUUCAGUGUAUAUCAGUAGAGAACGUAUCAUAAGUUACUUAUCUGGUCUCUCAUGUCACCUUAAAGACAUUUCCCGAUAGAUACCUUCGGGGGAAUCAUCUGAAAGCAGUUCUCUUUAGAACGUGAGAUUUC